AUGACUAGUAGCACUACUGUGAAUGCCGGAUACUGGUACUGGAAGGGUGAGUUGCAGCCGGAGAACAUAGAUUCCAAACUUUUUACCCAUCUUUUUGCUGCCUUUGCCGAUGUACAGACCAACACUUCCACCGGUACCCACGACCUCAUCUUUCCUACCGGCUAUGAGGAUAAGUUUCAAUCCUUCGCCAAAACCGUGAAGAUCAAAAUCCCUGAUGUUAAAGCCCUUUUAUCCAUCGGUGGAGACACGGAUCCUUCCGUUUUUUCCGAAAUCGCUAGCAAACAAACUACCCGUCAAGCAUUCAUAGCAACCUGCAUUGAAGUAGCCACGAGAUUCAACUACGAUGGCCUUAGCCUCCACUGGCAGUAUCCCAACACGACUGAUGAUAGCAACAACCUCGACGCACUCCUCACAGAAUGGCGAACUGCAGUGAAGGAAGAGGCACCUGAGCUGCUUCUAACCGCAGCCGUCUAUUACUCCCCACUGUAUUAUCCCAUCGACGCUAUCAAAACUUCCUUGGACUGGAUCAACGUCAUGGCUUAUGACUUGCAGACCCCUGUUACCUCACCAAAUUUCACUUUACCACCUGCUCCAUGGUACAAUCCACAUUUCUCUCCUCAAAUUAUUAGCGUGGAGGAUGCCAUCAUUGCUUGGAUCAAUGCAACCGUGCCGGCCAACAAAUUAGUCCUCGGCCUUCCAUUUUUUGGCCGCAGUUGGGUUCUGCAAAAUGCUGAUGAACAUGAAAUAUCCUCAGCGGCUGCUGGAGCUUCGAUAUUGCUAUGUUGGGACGACGUGGAUUGGUUAUGA